AUGGUGGAUGCCGCUCAAGGAUUGUUCUACCCUGAAGUGAUUGAUGCGUUAUUCAACAAAGUCAAGUUCCCAAAGAUGAUAGAGUGGAUGACGCGUCUCACUGAUAGACUCGAACUUUCAAGAAAAGGCUUGGGCUCGAAACGGUCCCCCAUAGAUGGAAGAGAAGCUGCUCGUGAGAUAGCCGAGGCCUCGCACGAACCUGACGAAACCAUUGGGUUUGACGAAAUCGAAGCGCAGUGGCUGGGAGUUAAACAAACUCAAAUGGUUCGCGUUCGCCCCGACGACAGCGGUAAGGAGUGGCCGCACUUGGGCAAACUGAUUUCCAUGAAUCAAGAGGAAUUUUGUUUGGAGUCACAAGGAAGUUUGGGUACAUUUCGGGUACAUUUUCCUCGCAUCGGUUUCUCUGUCGAAACAGCAUGA